AAUAGAGAUGUAUAAUAAUAAAAAAUAAUAAAUGAUGUUUGAUAAAGUAUUGGAGGGAGUGGGAGAGAGAGGCAAAGGAAGAAUCUUGUGUAAUGGUGUGAAGCAACGAAAAAGAUGAAUAAAAUGGAGGGCCAAGCACCGUCCCCUCUGCCGGACCAGGUCCUGGAAAACGUCCUGGAAACGGUCCUCCACUUCCUGAGCUCCCGGCGCGACCGCAACGCCGCCUCAUUGGUCUGCAAAUCAUGGUACCGUGCGGAGGCCCUGACCCGAUCCGAGCUCUUCAUCGGCAACUGCUACGCGGUCUCCCCACGGCGGGCCACAGCCCGGUUCCCCCGGGUGCGGUCCCUGACGAUCAAGGGGAAGCCCAGGUUCGCGGACUUCGAUCUGAUGCCCCUGAACUGGGGGGCCCACUUCACCCCCUGGGCCCAGGCCUUGGCCCAAUCGUACCCCUCCCUCCGGCGUCUCCACCUGAAACGCAUGUCCCUCACCGACCGCGACCUCACCCUCCUCUCCCUCUCCUUCCCCCACUUCCAAGACCUCCUCCUCACUUGCUGCGAAGCCUUCACCACCACCGGCCUCGCCGCCAUCGCCGCCAACUGCAGGCUCCUGAGAGUGCUUGAUCUCGCCGAAUGCGUCGUCGAGGUUGCCGACGAGGAAGUGGAUUGGAUUUCGUCUUUUCCGGAGACUCAGGAGGAGACUCAUUUGGAGUCUCUUGUUUUUGACUGCGUCGAGUGUCCCGUCAAUUUCCAAGCUUUGGAGAGGCUCGUGGCGCGCUCUCCCUCGCUCAGGAAGCUCAGGUUGAACCGUUACGUUUCCAUGUCGCAGCUGCACCGUUUGAUGCAUCGCGCGCCGCAGCUCACGCAUCUUGGAACCGGUUCCUUCAGUGCUUCCGAACUGGAUCCCGAACCGGAUUACGCCUCUGCGUUUGCGGCUUCCAAAUCCUUGGUUUGUUUGUCUGGCUUCAGGGAGAUUUGGCCGGAUUAUCUUCCUGCUAUUUAUCCAGCUUGUGCUAAUCUUACAUCCUUGAAUUUUAGUUACGCUGAUAUCAAUGCACAUCAGCUCAAAUCGGUUAUACGUCACUGUCAUAAGCUGCAAACGUUUUGGGUCCUUGAUUCGAUAUCGGAUGAAGGGCUUCAAGCAGUGGCUGAGACUUGCAAGGAUUUGCGAGAGCUUCGGGUUUUCCCUGUCAAUACCAGGGAGGAGAUAGAAGGUCCUGUGUCCGAGGUGGGAUUUGAGGCGAUUUCUCGAGGCUGUAGGAAACUGCAGUCAAUCCUGUUUUUCUGCCAGAGGAUGACGAAUGCAGCUGUGGUGGCCAUGUCGAACAACUGCCCGGAUCUUGUGGUGUUUCGGUUGUGUAUAAUUGGGCAGUAUCGGCCGGAUCCUGAGACACUGGAACCCAUGGAUGAAGGUUUUGGUGCCAUUGUUAUGAACUGCAAGAAGCUCACUCGGCUUGCUGUGUCUGGUUUACUGACUGAUCGAGCUUUUGGUUACAUUGGGACAUAUGGGAAGUUGAUUAGGACGCUGUCGGUUGCCUUUGCUGGAGACACUGAUCUGGGGCUCAAAUAUGUGCUAGAAGGAUGUCCUAAUCUGCAGAAGCUUGAAAUUAGGGACAGUCCAUUUGGGGAUGGAGCUUUGCGUUCUGGCUUGCAUCAUUUUUACAACAUGAGGUUCCUCUGGAUGUCCUCAUGCAAGUUGACGCGCCAAGCUUGCCAAGAAGUUGCACGAAGGUUGCCCCAUCUGGUGUUGGAAGUCAUUAACAGUGAAGAGGGUAAAGCUGAUGAUAUUGAGAUUCUGUACAUGUAUCGGUCUCUGGACAGACCAAGGGAUGAUGCUCCGAAAGUUGUUACUAUCCUUCAUUGAUUCUUUGAAACUUGACAAGUUGUUAGCUUAUUCCUUGUAAUGGGGGUUGCCGAGGGAAAUUAUAGUGCAGGGAUAUUUUUUAAAUAAACCUGCCACAGUAUUGAUGUUAUGUGUUGUCGAUGUUAAAAGAAGCUGAGCUAACAACUCUUCUGCCAUUCUCUUGGCCGGUGAGGCUAGCUUUACUGAGGCAAAGCAUUCAUUCUUGUGUAUGAGAGAGGACUCGGAGAUUAGUACAAGGAGAGAGUGUGUGUUGAGAAGGAUGCCGGAGACGAGGAAUCCUUCAGGUAUUGGACCAUCCAAUGUUGUUGUAUCACUAUAGUUAAAAUAUAUGUCCUUUUCCUUUUUAUUAAUUUUAUGAUCAAGAGAAACUACCAGAGUUGGGAAAGGUAGAAAUUGCUGAAGCUGCUCUGAGGAUUGGUUAGUAAGUGUUGUUCAUCUCCUUAGUCAGUUGAGAAGCAGAUUAAGAAGGAUCAAAAUAGAAGGUCUGGAGAGGUGACAGUAGAAAAGCAAAAGCGUUCCCUUUGUGAGGACUUGGUCUCUAUAUUUUGACUCAGAUGAUAGUUAAGCUGUAGGUUACGUGAAUCCAAUCACCAGACUGAUAUAAGCGUAUCUGCGUUCCACUUUUGUUUUCUCAGAUGUGUUUCUGUAGCUCCUGACUCUUGAAUUUACUUUUAGUAAGAAAUUGUGACAUGGUUAAUAAAUGCAUGGACCAUAUACAAACUUACUGGAACUGUGCUUAUGCAUUUUGGUUUCUUAAUGUAGAAUGAUCAAUUGAUUGUGAAGGCCCAUUAUGUUGUAUUUUAUUCAAGUACGCGUUGUGAUUGUGAUGAGGAGCGAGGAGGUUGUUUCCAUAAUCAUGGACACACACAGAGCUUAAUUGACAAUAGGAGUGGACAUUAUUAGUUGCAUUCUGAAUGAAUUCCACAUGGAGUGAGGGGGCCAAUAAUUUUGAUGGUUUUUCUCUGGCUCUCUCAUUAUUAGGAGGGAAGAAAUCUUUCUUUCUGCUUUGGUGAUAUUCAAACUGGCAUAACGCAGAAUGGUAAAAGUAAACCGAACAAGAAAGUGGGAUCUGACUGUGCAUGUGAAACAAGUGGUGGGGGAGCAAAGCUUCGAUUUUCUUUUUAUCUAACCAUUUUCUGCUGCGCCAAGUGGACCAUUGCAAUUUUAGCCAUUUACCCACUUUUUUUUUUAGUCUUACCCUCCUCACCUUCACGUUCUGAGGAUAAGAAGCUUGUGCGGUGAACAUAGGCAAUAAAUGGAACAUUCACUUCUCAUUAUUAGGCCUGUCCACAUUGCUGAUGGAGGGAAUAGUCCCCUUGUGGUUGUGGCAAUUACCAACUCUUAAGCUUAUUUUGUAAUACCUUUUUCCGCCUGUUUUGGAUGAA